AUGAUCAAGCACGGUAUAAGCAAGGUGCUGGCCACCGUCGCUGUGCUGUUCACUGCGGUGGCGGCUGCAAGCGGCUCCACAGUGACGUCAGACCCGACCACCGCGACAUACUCGCUCUCAGCGUUCGCGAUUGGAGACUGGGGGACCACCGUUGCCAAGGACUCGUGCUGCUCGCGCUCGUCCGGAUACAACAACUAUGAUGUCAAUGCGGAGGACGUCGUGGCCAGUCUGAUGAACACUCAAGCGGGGGACGCCAAGGUGAAGCCCAAGGUCAUCAUUGGACACGGCGACAACUUUUACUGGACGGGAAUCAACAGCCUGGAGGGCCGUGACUCGCGCUUCACGACGACGUUCGAGGACAAGUACGACGGGAAGAACCUGAAGGGGAUCCCAUGGGUGAACGUACUGGGCAACCACGACUACGGCGGUGCCAGUUAUAUCUGCAACAGCGGAGACAACAAUGCCAAGUGUGAGAGCACCGAGGCGCUGAUCCAGGGGCUGGAGAACAAGUUCAAGUGGCAGGCGGGGUACACCAGUCCCAAUGACAACCGGUGGAUCCUGGAGGACCAUUUCUACGUCCACCGCAUUGAGGACGCGGCAACGGGGGUCAGUAUUGACAUCUUCAACGUGGACACGAACGACGCAGACGUUCACGGCGCCAUGCAGAUCUGCUGCCAGUGCUACGGUUACGCAGAAGGUGACGAUGCUGGAUGCAGCAACGUUGGCCGUGGCCACCAGUAUUGCGCCGGAGGGAGCACUACAGCUUACGAUACGUGCAUGGCUAAGUUCGCGGAAUGGGGCGAGGAUUCACGCACUCAGCUCAAGGCGAAGGUGGCAGCGUCGACCGCGACCUGGAAGCUCGUCAACAGUCAUUACGGACCAUACGACCACUAUGCUCAGGCCGGCAUGAACAAGUGGUUCGACGUCCUGAGAGGCUCCGGGAUCCACGCGUUUCUGUAUGGCCACACGCACGGAGAGAAGCACGACUACUCGGCGUCGCUUGGAAUGCAUUUCGUGGAGAAUGGCGCUGGCGGUGGCAUUCAGAAGGAGUCUGCGAGUGGAGUCCCGGACUUUGCAGCCCAGUACGCAAAGAACGAGUGGGCGUACACCGGGGACGAGUACGGCUUCUUCUCGUUGGAGGCGUCCAAGGACUGGCUGAAGCUGCAGUACCACACGACGGACAAGAAGUGGGCAUUCACGGAGAAGUUUGGUAACACCACGGUUGGUGGUGUCGCCACGAAGCACUGCUGGUACAUUCCUGCGGAUGGCUUGGAAGGCAAAGCGUGCUAA